AUGCCGGAUACACUAGCUCGUCUUGAGAAGGACUUCCACGAGCUGUUUCGACUGAAGUUCGAACCAAAUUUGAUCGUCAUUCUAUACUUGCGUGCACGUGACCAUCGCGCUCGGAUCCUAUGCCAAGUCACCUGUUCACCGUCAAAGACGGUUUAUGCGACGGAGCCGUUGAACAGGCUUACGCUCUCUCGCCAACAGUCCCAUCUCCUAUUGUGUACAUCGUCAUCGAAAGAACAAGGAUUAAGGGCCUGGCUGAGUCUCCAAUUUGACACUAUUGAGAAAAUGGUAUUGUUUCAUUGCGCAUUUAUUGCGCUUCGAGGACAAGAUUCCGGUCACCCAAUCAGCAGUACUCCAGACCCAUUUUCUCUCGAUGAAAAGGAAAUCUAUGGCGGCUUGAUCCUCGACGAUAGUUAUCUCCACGCGCUUCGUAUUUUCCAGGAUCGCGCUUCCGGUGUUAUCCGUUUACAGGCCUCGAUUCACUCUGGUGAACUGGCAGACGUUCCUGUAUGGACGGCUUUUAUACACGAUUAUAUAGGGUCGAAAUCAUGGAUGCGGCGCGUGGACCAUAAAACAAUUAUCCUUUCGGAUCUCGACCGUGCGACAUUCAUCCAUUCGGAUCAAUAUACUCCUCGAAUAACUCGACAUCAUGAGCAUGUGCUUACUUUUACCAAAGAACCCGAUGCGGAAGACUUUGAGUCGGAGAUUACCCUCCUUCGGCGUCACUCUCGACUUUAUAAAUGA